GGCGCCCCUACCAACGCCGUGGGUUUAGUACGCGUGCGCAGCAGUCUCUUCCGACAGUUGUGUUGUGCAAAUGGUGGAGAAGAAAACUUCGGUUCGCUCCCAGGACCCCGGGCAGCGGCGGGUGCUGGACCGGGCAGCCCGGCAGCGUCGCAUCAACCGGCAACUGGAGGCCCUGGAGAAUGACAACUUCCAGGAUGACCCCCACGCAGGACUCCCUCAGCUUGGCAAGAGGCUGCCUCAGUUUGAUGAUGAUGCGGACACUGGAAAGAAAAAGAAGAAAACCCGAGGUGAUCAUUUUAAACUUCGCUUCCGAAAAAACUUUCAGGCCCUGCUGGAGGAGCAGAACUUGAGUGUGGCCGAGGGCCCCAACUACCUGACGGCCUGUGCGGGUCCCCCAUCGCGGCCCCAGCGCCCCUUCUGUGCUGUCUGCGGCUUCCCUUCCCCCUACACCUGUGUCAGCUGCGGUGCCCGGUACUGCACCGUGCGCUGUCUGGGGACCCACCAGGAGACCAGGUGUCUGAAGUGGACUGUGUGAGCCUGGGCAUUCCCAGAGAGGAAGCGCCGCUGUGCACUGCCUGGCCUUCAGAAGGACAGUUUCAUCACCCAGUGGAGGGGGAGCUCUUCCUGGACCGAGGGAGGAGCCGCUCAUUCACCCAACAAAACUGUGUCUUAUCUGCCAGGAAAGAGCAACCUCACUCCUGGGAACGGUCUGGCAGGUAGGCUGGGCCCCCAGUGCUGUUAGAAUAAAGAGCCUCGUGCCGGA